AUAAAUUUGAAGAACCAUAUCAGAGUAAAUUAUACUCAGAUAAUUUAUGUUUUGACAAAUCUUACUUGCAUCAAGAUGAAUCUUACCAAGGCAAUUUAUACCAAGAUAAGUUAUAUCAAAAUAAAUCAAGCAAAAAUGAUUUAACUGAAUUAUCAUCCCAA